AUGUUCAAAAUUACCAAAACUGGACGGUAUAAAUCAAGGCUCAAAACAGGCACACAGAAACACUCAAGAAGGUUAAAAAGUCUCAGGAUUACCUCUGAAUCUGUCAAGAUCAAUCCUCAAAAACGGAAACUCGACAGAUCAAAUCAAGAUUUAGAAGGUGAAAAGUCACCUCCAACCCCCGUAAUGGUUGAAAGAAGUCCUAAAAAAUCUUUCAAAGAAGUAAUCAUCAGAAAGAGGCCUCCUCCAAAACUAGAGUCAGCCCAAAAACAUAGAAGGGAGAUCAAAAUAUCUCUUGUAGAAGGAAUUCGCUACGAAAGUCCUGGAAAAGAUCAUGCCGAAGAAGUACCAGACAACACAAAAUUCUUAGAGCUUAACUAUCGUAAAAGAGGGAAAGAAGACUCCUUCUCCAUUGGUCCCUCACUCCUGCAAGAGGAGCCAUCCGAUGUGGACUUCGUAGCUAAAUUUAUCGAACAAGCUGCAGCUGCAUCUGGGAUUUCCUAUAAUAUGACUGGAAAUUACAGCUCUGAAUCCCCGAUCAAGAGAAGACGGAUUAGCAACAAUCCGAAGAUAUAGAAAAAUCUGAUGAACAACCUCAAUCACAAAAGGAAGGCGAAGGAGUAACUUUCUGCGAGGAUAGUUCAAAAAUAAAGUUCUCUGAAGUAGACAAACCCAAGAAGGAUAAUAGUCUCUCUCAUUCAGAAAACCCCAUUAAAAGCAUUUCAUCCAAAAAGGACUCUUUCAGAGAUGAUACAAGGAAUUAUGGCGAAGAGACUGGCAAAACAAUCUUCCAAAAUAGCUCUAUCGACAACAAGCUUGAUGUCAAGGAGAAAGUGAACCAUUCCAACAGAAAAACACUGGAUAGCAACUCCAUUAGAGGUAACAGUCGGAAAAGUGUCGAUAAUACAUCAACAAGGCGAGGACAGAUUCUUUCCAACAUGAACUUCAACCUUUCAUGCAAAAAUAGUGCUUAUAUAGAUAGGGAGCAGAGAGCUCGAGAAGAAGGAGGCAAAGUGCCAUUUAUCAACAAUCUUUCCCAAAACAAAUACGGACAUCUCCCUAAUAUCCAAGUUGAUAUCCCUAGGACCCACAAGGAGCUGACAGCAUACAAUAACCCAAGGGGUACUUCUAGUCACCAAAACCAGAGAUCUAAAUAGCAAAUCUAAGCCAAAGAGAGUGACUAAAGCUCACUUAAAGGACGAGAUGGUAGCAAAUGACUCCCAUAGUAUGAACAUCUUGAUCAGGAAGAAGUACAAACAAACUCAGCCUGAAGAGCCAACCCAAAAACGAAUAAAAUCAAAAACAGUUGAUAAGCGGAAGAUCAAGAAAAGAGACAAACCAUUUGCGAAGAUGUGGUUCAACCCAUUCCAAGGAUUCUACGCAAAGGAUGACCCCAACCUCAAGGUCAGUUCAUUUGUCCAACAACAGAGGAAGGUCUCCAAAUCAAGCAAAGGGUUCAGGAUCAGACAUUAUGGCCAGACUUCUGGUAACAAGAAGACUUUUCGACCCCACACUGGUAAUAGGAACAAUAGUAGAGGAACAUAUGCCAUCCUAGAUACCUUCCAAGGCCAUACAAGAGUGAAUAGUAUGGCAAAUUCAAGAGGUUUCCAAGACUCUGAGGCAAAAUUCGACUCGGUCCACAACCUCAAGAACCACGAAUCCUUCUCCUCAGUCAAGAACAUCAGUGAAAACCAAGGAGCCACUCCUAAGGAAGAAUCUGGAUUCAAAGACUUCUUGAAUAACGUUCCUAGUAUCCAAGAAGAUCCUCAGAGCACAAGCUUGCUCCAGAAAAUCUCGUUAUCAGACCAAAAAGCAAUGCUCAGUUAUAACAUCAAUCAAGACGAAUGUGAAAAGAACAGGCGAAUCCUGGUUCAAAUUAAAUAAACAGAUCGAAAGUGAUAAAAUAGCCUCAAAAAUGCAUAAAUAAAGUCCUUUCAUGGCAAAACAAGAAGCUUAAUUUCAACACCAGCUUUGAAGAUCCUCCCAAACCUGCAGGCAGAGUUGGGAGCAAUACAGAGCAGUCCCCACCUUCAAAGAUGAAAGUAGAAUAUGCUUACAAUAAUGAAAAGGCUAAAUAAGAAGCAAAGACAACAUCCCAGAAAUCCCUAUUCAAAAGGCUUUAAGACAGCCCAAACCUCGCACAGAAGAACCCCAGUCACUCGCAACAGCAAAGAGAAGUUAUGGGAGGAGUAUACUAAACAGCAGGCCCAACCAGGUCUGAUAGGUAUCCUUAAGUACAAUCAAGACCGUCAAGAUGCUCUUCCUGACUCUCCGAAGAAGAAUCUAGCAGAACACUUAAAGAAGAAAAGUCUUGCUAGGUUCAACCUUGAUAUAAAUCAUGAUAAAGAUGCCAGAAAGACAAAACUAAUAGAGGAAAGACGCAUGCGGAUCUCCAACCAAGUCGAUAAAGAGAUGCGGGAAGAGUUCUUCAAACCCUCCCUAGACACCUCAACCAAAUACUCGAAGAUGGCAGUGCUAAUCCCAACUUUCAAAGAGCUAAUGUAAUCUCAAUCUUAGUAUA